CAGCGCCGCGUGCGGGGGCUGACGUCGCGGGGAGCCGCGGCCUGUGAGCAGGGCGGCGGGGGCUGCUCGGCCGCCUCCGGCGGGCCCGGCUCGGGAUGGCGGGGAGGCGGUGUGCAGGCGGAGCGGCCGCGUUGGCGGAGGUGCCUGGCUGCGGCGUGGCAGUGGAGCCGGCUCGGGAGCUCUUCGAGGCGUGCAGGAACGGUGACGUGGAGCGGGUCAAGCGGCUUGUGAGGCCCGAGAACGUGAACAGCCGGGACACGGCGGGCAGGAAGUCCAGCCCGCUGCACUUCGCCGCAGGUUUUGGUCGAAAGGAUGUAGUUGAAUAUUUACUUCAAAGUGGUGCCAAUGUCCACGCACGAGAUGAUGGAGGCCUUAUUCCUCUUCACAACGCUUGCUCUUUUGGUCACGCUGAAGUUGUCAACCUUCUCUUGCGGCAUGGUGCAGAUCCUAAUGCUCGGGAUAAUUGGAAUUACACUCCCCUUCAUGAAGCUGCCAUUAAGGGCAAGACAGAUGUCUGCAUUGUACUGCUGCAGCAUGGUGCUGAACCAACCAUUCGGAACACAGAUGGAAGAACAGCUUUGGACUUAGCGGACCCAUCUGCAAAAGCAGUACUGACUGGUGAAUAUAAGAAAGAUGAACUCUUAGAAAGUGCCAGGAGUGGAAAUGAAGAAAAAAUGAUGUCUCUACUUACACCAUUAAAUGUUAACUGUCAUGCAAGUGAUGGCAGAAAGUCUACUCCUUUACAUUUAGCAGCUGGAUAUAACCGUGUAAAAAUAGUGCAGCUCUUACUGCAACAUGGAGCUGACGUACAUGCUAAGGAUAAAGGAGAUUUGGUGCCACUUCACAAUGCCUGCUCCUAUGGUCAUUAUGAAGUAACAGAGCUUCUAGUAAAGCAUGGAGCAUGUGUGAAUGCAAUGGAUCUGUGGCAAUUCACCCCUCUGCAUGAAGCAGCUUCUAAGAACAGAGUGGAAGUGUGUUCGCUUUUGUUAAGUUAUGGUGCUGACCCAACACUGUUGAACUGUCACAACAAAAGCACCAUUGAUUUGGCUCCAACACCACAAUUAAAAGAACGGUUAGCAUAUGAAUUCAAAGGUCACUCGCUGCUACAGGCUGCAAGAGAAUCAGAUGUAGCUCGUAUAAAGAAACACCUUUCUUUGGAGACAGUAAACUUCAAGCAUCCUCAAACACAUGAGACUGCAUUGCACUGUGCUGCUGCGUCUCCCUAUCCUAAGAGAAAACAAGUAUGUGAAUUGUUGCUGAGGAAAGGAGCCAACAUCAAUGAAAAAACAAAAGACUUCUUGACUCCUCUGCAUGUGGCAUCAGAAAAGGCUCAUAAUGAUGUUGUCGAAGUAGUCGUGAAACAUGAAGCUAAGGUUAAUGCAUUAGAUAAUCUUGGUCAGACCUCUCUUCAUAGAGCAGCACAUUGUGGUCAUCUUCAAACAUGCAGGUUGCUGUUGAGUUCUGGAUGUGAUCCUUCCAUUGUGUCUCUGCAGGGCUUUACAGCCUUACAGAUGGGAACUGAAAACGUGCAACAGCUACUACAAGAAGGUAUUCCAUUAGGUAAUUCUGAUGCAGAUCGACAGUUGCUGGAAGCUGCAAAGGCUGGAGAUGUGGAUACUGUAAAAAAACUGUGCACAGUUCAAAGUGUGAACUGCAGAGAUAUUGAAGGACGUCAGUCUACACCGCUUCAUUUUGCAGCUGGAUAUAACAGGGUAUCUGUUGUUGAGUAUCUUCUUCAGCAUGGAGCUGAUGUGCAUGCAAAAGAUAAGGGAGGACUUGUCCCUUUACAUAAUGCUUGCUCGUAUGGUCACUAUGAAGUUGCAGAACUUCUGGUUAAACAUGGUGCAGUUGUCAAUGUAGCUGACUUGUGGAAAUUCACUCCCUUGCAUGAAGCUGCAGCAAAAGGAAAAUAUGAGAUCUGCAAACUUCUCUUACAGCAUGGAGCUGACCCUACAAAGAAAAACAGAGAUGGAAACACUCCACUAGACCUUGUUAAAGAUGGUGAUACUGAUAUUCAAGACCUGCUCAGAGGAGAUGCAGCUCUACUAGAUGCUGCAAAGAAAGGUUGUUUGGCCCGAGUGAAAAAGCUGUGUUCACCUGACAAUGUCAACUGUCGAGACACUCAAGGGCGGCAUUCAACACCACUACACUUAGCUGCUGGUUACAACAAUUUGGAGGUUGCAGAAUACCUGUUACAGCACGGAGCAGAUGUGAAUGCACAGGAUAAAGGAGGUUUGAUUCCUCUGCAUAAUGCAGCAUCAUACGGGCAUGUCGAUGUAGCAGCUUUACUUAUAAAGUAUAAUGCGUGUGUGAAUGCUACGGAUAAAUGGGCUUUCACACCUCUGCACGAAGCAGCCCAGAAAGGAAGGACACAGCUUUGUGCCUUGUUACUGGCACAUGGGGCUGAUCCUACUCUGAAAAACCAAGAAGGACAAACACCAUUGGACCUGGUUACUGCAGAUGAUGUCAGCGCGUUAUUGACAGCAGCAAUGCCUCCUUCUGCCUUACCGACUUGCUACAAACCUCAGGUUAUAAGCAUGUCUCAGACUACAGGAUCUACAACUGAUUCCCUAUCUUCUGUUCCAUCCAGUCCAUCCAGUCUGUCUGCUGCAAGUAGUCUUGACAACUUGUCUGGUAGUUUUUCUGAACUUCCUUCUGUUGUUGGUACAAACAGUGCAGAGGGAGCUACUGUUCUGGAGAAAAAAGAAGUUUCAGGUGUAGAUUUUAGCAUAAAUCAGUUUGUGCGGAACCUUGGCCUUGAGCAUCUAAUUGACAUAUUUGAAAGAGAACAGAUAACACUGGAUGUAUUGGUUGAAAUGGGCCACAAAGAACUGAAGGAAAUUGGAAUUAACGCUUAUGGCCAUAGACAUAAAAUCAUUAAAGGAGUUGAAAGACUCAUUUCUGGACAGCAAGGACUUAACCCAUACCUCACUUUAAAUACUUCUGGAAGUGGAACUAUUCUCAUAGAUCUUUCCACUGAAGAUAAGGAAUUUCAGUCAGUAGAAGAGGAGAUGCAGAGUACUGUGCGAGAGCAUAGAGAUGGAGGACAUGCUGGUGGAGUCUUCAAUAGAUACAACAUCUUAAAGAUUCAGAAAGUAUGCAACAAAAAACUGUGGGAAAGAUACACUCACAGAAGGAAAGAAGUCUCUGAAGAGAAUCAUAACCAUGCCAAUGAAAGGAUGCUGUUUCAUGGCUCCCCAUUUGUGAACGCGAUCAUUCACAAAGGAUUUGAUGAGAGACACGCCUAUAUAGGUGGCAUGUUUGGAGCUGGCAUUUAUUUUGCAGAAAAUUCUUCCAAAAGCAAUCAGUAUGUGUAUGGAAUUGGAGGUGGCACUGGAUGUCCAAUUCACAAAGACAGAUCUUGUUAUGUUUGCCACAGGCAACUGCUAUUUUGUCGCGUGACGCUGGGCAAGUCUUUCCUGCAGUUUAGUGCUAUGAAAAUGGCUCAUUCUCCCCCAGGACAUCACUCAGUUACUGGACGACCCAGUGUAAAUGGAUUGGCUUUGGCUGAAUAUGUGAUUUACAGAGGGGAACAGGCUUACCCAGAAUACUUGAUUACCUACCAGAUUAUGAAACCUGAAGCUACCACUGAAGCUUAAGACAAGUUACUUCUGAGAAACCAUCAAGACUUUGAAUCUGAAGAUACCAGUGGCUGCCAGCAUGUUAAUUAAAACAAGUUGUGAAAACCUUUCAUCUGCAAGGUGGUGUGGUAGCAAAUGUGAACAAAACAUACAUCUUUGACUUGAUAAAGCUUUAAUAAUGUACAGUAAGUUUUUCUAAAAUUUCAGAAAUGUCCUCUUUUUCAGCACUUUAACAGAUACCAUUCCAGGCAUAAACUGGGGUUUAGCUGUACUAAAUUAUAAACAACAGUUCACUUGAGACAAUGGUUUUAUACAACACUGCAGUGAAAUUGUGAUACUCUCUACAGGAACUCAUUUUACUGAUAAUGUGUUCUUCGAAACACUGCAUUUACACUGAAAACAAUUUCAUUUGUAAAACUGUAAAUAAGAGCUUUUGUACUGGCCUGGUAUUUAUUUACAUUGCUUUGUAAUAUAAGUGUUUUAGAUCUGCAACCUUGUACAAAAUGUUUUCUCCAGGUGUUGGUUUGUUCAUCUGUGUUUUCUCAUGCACAAAAAAAUUGAAAAGCCAAUUUUUUUCAGGGUUUAUCACUUAUUUGUGAGGGAGAAAGCAAAUUUUAUCUGAGGAAGUUUAGAAAUAUCCAACUUUGGCUUGAAUACACAAAUUAUUAUUCUGUAUUUUUAUUUAUGAAAUAUACAUUCCUGAGAAUGAUGGGCUAUGAGUAGAAUGUUCCAGCUGCAUACUAGAGUGGUUUUCUGCCUGCUUCAUAGAGUUGCAUAUUUUAUUCCUGUAAAAUGUUUCCUGAUAUUUUUUUUUAACUUAACUAUAGGUAUAGUUAACCUGUAUCCAUACUUCAAGGCUAGUAGACCUUGCAAGUUACGGUUUCAGUAAAUUAUUUUCUUUGGAUGUAGUUGGAAAAUUAACCUCAAGGAGGUCUUCCUGGAGUUCCUCUUGCUUACAUUUAAGCUGGGAAGUUAAAAUAGUCUAUUCCUAAUAUGAAGGCAAGCAACCUGGCCUUUUUUGUAUGCUGUUGAUGCCCCAUGGCAGAAAUCUUAAAAACCAUCCUGUCAUCUCCUGUGUUUCUUCCAUGUUAAUGUUCAAGCUGUAGUUAAAGCAGAUGCGUGGAAGUGUGUUUAUCUGCAGUAUUCCUGGCUGAGUGGAACCGGUUGAGGUGCAGGGUUCUGCUCCCUGCGUUCAGCUGUUGGGGCAGGGAGUGUUAAGUGGAAUGAGCAGCUCAGCUCCUCCACAGCAACAGGUGCCUUCAGCAGCCCUGAUAAGACUGCAGGGGUGUAGGAAGAGUACAGAAGGUACAGCCUCCUCCUAUUCGAGUCUCAUUCAGGGUUACUGAAUGCACUGGUCAGUUCACUUAGCCUUAUAGUAGCUAUUUCGUGUAUUCUGCUUCUCUUCCAUCUGCAUUUUUUACCUACCUAUUUAAAAAAAUGUGUAUAUAAAAAUUACAGUUCAUUUGGGGUUGAAGUGGUUAGGAACAUUAUUUUAGUUGUUUUUCCUAUUUCUACAUUCAGAACGAUAUCCAAUAAGAUGGUUCGUUUCCAGAGCAUGUUAUCAUACCAUGGUUUUAAAUGUAGUGACUGGUCAAGAUAAUGAAAUUGUCUUCUGAUGUGGUGGUUAUGUGAUUAUGCUCUAUGUAAAAAAUAUAUUGAACCUUACCCAGUUAUGUGAGGAAUCCGAGUAAUAAGAUUGCAUAACUCUUGCAGAAAGUAAUAUUGGCUAUGAAUAAAAAAGGCUUUGAUUUUUUUUAGAUACUUUUCCCAGCAUGCCACCUGUUCCUUAGGUAUAGUAAUGCUGGAAUUGGUGUCCAUGCAAAAUCUAUUGGGUAUGUUUUGGACUUUUUUGUUAUUGCUGAAAUACUCCAUUCUCUAUGAACGAUCACUAAAUGUCUUGUAAAAUGUUGUGGUAUGAUGGCAUUUUAAGUGGUACCACAAUGUUGGUUUUGUAUGUUUGGGGAUUUUUUGAGCUGUUGUUUUUGCAUGACAUACCUUGCACUUUGAAGAUGGAAGCUGUAAUGAUUUGAUAAUACUGACUAUUGAGGUGAACCUUUAAUCUCUUGUGCAAUUAGUUCUGCUUUACUCAUCUUGAAGUGUCUUUACAUGUAUUGUAUAACAUUCCAUAUCCAUUUUAACACUAAAUAAAUUUAAAUCACUGUU